GGCCGGAAGUGGAAGAAGAAGGCGGCGGCUGAGGCGGUUCAGGAGGUUUUUUAGAGCUGGAGUCCGAGGCUCAGGUGCCAUGGGCCUGGUGAAGGAGCCCUGAGGGGACGCGAGGCUGGGCAUGGCGGGCGCUCGGGCCGCCGCCGCCGCCUCGGCGGGGUCCACCGCCUCUUCGGGUAACCCGCCGCCUCAGGAGCCGGGGCUUGGGGAACUGCUGGAGGAGUUCUCCCGGACUCAGUACCGGGCCAAGGACAGCGGCGGGACUGGCGGCUCUAAGGUUGAACGCAUUGAGAAGAGAUGUCUGGAGCUAUUUGGCCGUGACUACUGUUUCAGCGUGAUUCCAAAUGUGAAUGGUGAUAUCUGCGGCCACUACCCCCGCCACAUCGUAUUCCUGGAGUAUGAGAGUUCUGAGAAAGAGAGAGACACGUUCCAGAGCACCGUGCAGGUGAGCAAGCUGCAAGACCUCAUCCACCGCAGCAAGAUGGCCAGGUGCAGAGGACGGUUUGUCUGCCCAGUGAUCCUGUUCAAAGGCAAGCACAUUUGCAGGUCGGCCACCCUGGCUGGAUGGGGAGAGCUGUAUGGACGCUCUGGAUACAACUAUUUUUUCUCAGGGGGAACAGAUGAUACCUGGGCAGAUGUGGACGAUGUCACAGAAGAGGACUGUGCUCUUCGAAGUGGUGACACACACCUUUUUGAUAAGGUGAGAGGCUAUGAUAUCAGGCUGCUUCGGUACCUAUCCGUCAAGUACAUCUGUGACCUGAUGGUGGAGAACAAGAAGGUGAAGUUUGGCAUGAAUGUAACCUCCUCUGAGAAAGUGGACAAAGCCCAGCGCUAUGCAGACUUCACUCUCCUCUCUAUCCCAUAUCCAGGCUGUGAAUUCUUCAAGGAGUAUAAGGAUCGGGAUUACAUGGCUGAAGGGCUCAUAUUUAACUGGAAGCAGGACUAUGUCGAUGCCCCAUUGAACAUCCCUGACUUCCUGACUCGCUCUCUGAACAUUGACUGGAGCCAGUAUCAGAGUUGGGACCUGGUGCAACAAACACAAAACUACCUGAAACUGCUGCUUUCCAUUGUUAACAGUGAUGAUGACCGCGGCGGGCUGCUGGUACACUGUAUCUCAGGCUGGGAUCGGACCCCGCUUUUCAUCUCUCUUCUACGCCUUUCCUUAUGGGCUGAUGGGCUAAUCCACACAUCUCUGAAGCCUGCUGAGAUCCUCUACCUGACUGUGGCCUAUGACUGGUUCCUCUUUGGGCACAUGUUGGUAGACAGGCUCAGCAAAGGAGAGGAGAUUUUCUUCUUUUGCUUCAAUUUUUUGAAGCAUAUCACCUCCGAAGAGUUCUGCCUGAAGACCCAGAGGAGGAAGAGUUUGUCAACUCGGGAUGCAGGCUUCACUGUGGAAGAUAUCUGCAUGUUGAGACGCAGAGACCGAGGCAGCACCACCAGCCUAGGCAGCGACUUCUCCCUGGUCAUGGAGAAUUCACCAGGAGCCGUGGGGAGCUUCACCUAUGAGGCUGUGGAACUUGUCCCGGCAGGAGCACCAACUCAGGCAGCUUGGAGGAAGAGUCACUCAUCCUCCCCACAGAGUAUGCUCUGGAGCCGGCCACAACCCUCUGAGGACCGCCUGCCUUCCCACCAUGGGCUGGCUGAAGCCAAGUCUUCCAGCUCUUCAUCCUCAAACCAUUCUGACUUUUUCAGGAUGGGCAGCAGUCCUCUUGAGGUCCCCAAACCCAGCUUUGUUGACCCUUGUGUAGGAGCCUUACUAAAGCUGGUGAGGGUCACCCAAACGCUGACUGUACUACAGCUCUCCUCAUAUGCAGACAUGGGUCCCUCCAGGAGCACACUGAUCUUUUGUCUCGUCUGCUGUAAUCCAAGGAUUUUCGAGUCUCUCUCAAAUGUAAGAGCUGAAUGGUCAUUUUAUUUUUUUUAUUUAUGUAUUUAUUUAUUUAUUUAGACCAGGCUGGCCUCGAACUCACAGAGAUCCGCCUGCCUCUGCCUCCCGAGUGCUGGGAUUAAAGGCGUGCGCCACCACCGCCCGGCCUGAAUAGUCAUUUUACAUAACCUAUUAUUUGACUUAAACCUCAGGUAGGAAGAUCUAGUGUGUUCAUUCUUGAAAAAUGUCAGUGUCACUCAAGAAUGGCUGCCCAAUAUGAGCUGUUUUUUGUUCCAUAGGAGGGGAUGCCCUCCUGCUGGUCCUUUUGCCUCAUUCACCUGACAGCUACUCUGGCCUGGUGUUGCCUGUGGGAAGCAAAGGGAAUUGACUACCCCAAGGGACCAGAGGGUUGAGGGGAACUAGGCUGUGAUUCCCUGGGCUAGCCUCCAGGGAAUGGGUUUGGGGCUUGAGAAACUUGAUGGCAGUCCCUGGCUCAGAAAUGUCCCAUCUCGCCCAGUUUGCUCUGCUCAGGUGCUCUACCCCCACUCCCAAAUCUCCUUAGAGUCUUAGAAGCUGUUUCCCCAUACGCUGCUAAAAAUGGAAAAGAGUCUACUCUUCAGAUGGUCUGUGGAGACUGAGGAGCCAGGCUUGUGCCUCUGGAGGGUUUGCACUGGCUGCAGGCCCAGCACUGCCAGGAGAACACCCAGGGCAGGCUUGGCUUCUUGAGAGGCUGGCUGUGAUUCACAGGUCUGACGUUUAUCUAUCUAGAAACCAAGAGGUCUGGCUUUGUGCACCCUUGGACUUCUGUCAGGUAGUAGACCAUGUCCUGUUCUCAUCCCUGCUGACAUCACACGUUGCCUAAGGUCACCACAGUGAUGAAUGUGGCAAGGACCAGUGUUGGCAGGUAUUCCAGUUCACAGCAGCUUUUACUGUGAAAAGCCAUCUGUUUUCCUUUCUCACAAGGUGCUAUACUUCUCGUUCAGGACAAAUCUGUAGUCAAACUCGAGUUUAAAAACUUCUUAAAGGGCUGCUGAGAUGGCUUACCCAGUAAAGGCACUUGGUGCCAAGCCUAAAAUCUAAGUUCAGUCCAAGGACCCACAUGUAGAUGGAGAGAACCAAUGACUGCAAAUUGUCUUCUGACAUCCACAGUGGCAUGUAUACAAGCACAAAUACACAUAAAUUUAAGCUCUUGUGUCUGGAUAUGAUGAUGAUGGUUCAUGACUGUCUUAGCACUUGGGAAGCUGAGGCAGGAUUGAUACAAAUUCAAGGUCCAUUUGGCCUACAUAGUUUGUUUGUUGCAAGCCUGUUUCAAAUCACCAGAGCACAUAGUCACAUAGGUCACGGGUGCUUGACAGUAAGACUGGCCAAACAGCUGGGAGGAGGGAGGGUAGGUGCUGUCACCUGAGGAUCCACCGAUGCCAGCAGCUAAGUGGGUAGGUAUUUUUUUCUCUGCUUCCUGACCCCACCCUGUUCAUACUCUGGCCUUGUUUCUGCAUCCUUGUGGGAGCCUUUCUGCUAUUCUUAAGUUAAAUAAUAAAAGUUGAGUUAAAUAAUAAAUAAUAAUAAAUCAAUCCUAGUACUUGGGAGGCUAGGGCAGGAGGACUGCUCAAGUUUGAGGGCAGCCUGGGCUAUGUAGUGAGUUCCAGGCUUAAUGCCAGAGACUGACUUGCAGCCUCUCAGAGGCCCACAGGACAGGCGAGGGCUUAGCUGUUGAGUAGGGAGGAGGUGGCAGCACAACCUCCCUCCCCAGCUCCCAAAUCUCUCUUGUCAGAAAAGGUCUGAUGAAGCUGUCAAUUUGCAGCCUGGUUUGAUUCAUCCCUCCCCUCUGGGCAUAGUUGGCUCUGUGGUGCUCUUAAAUACAAACUCUGGUUCCUGGAAGGAGCUGCAGAGGAAGGGGGACCUCGGGGCUCUAUCUCUUCACUCUUCCAUCUAGGUCACCACCUUCCACAGUUUCCAAAGGCUUGUUCUCCCUCCCUUCUGAUAAGAUUUCAGUGGCCCUGGGUUCCAUGCUGCACAGAUACUGUCACAAAGAGGGUGACUGCCCUUGGGGCUGGCUUCAGCCUGAUCUCCUGUCAGCUGCUGUUGAGGUGGCACUUAACUGCAUCAGCCACCAGGAAAGGCACAUCGGCCACAGGCUUUGGGUCUGGUUUACCUCUUGUUGCCUUGCUUUGCUCUUGGUCUUUGGCUUCGUUGUCUACACAAAGCACUGUCCUCACAGCCCAGCACACCUUGUAGUCUUCUUUCUCUCACCCCUUACCCAGCUUUGUUUGCUCUUUUGGAGAAAGUAGUUGGCUUUCAGCUCCUCCAUCAGAACCUCAGAGCCAUGGCACAGGGCCAUUGUGCUGCCCACCCUUCCCUAGGGUACCCCUGUCAGGCAUGUGACUGACUGCAUCGUCUCCCCUCUCUCUCCUCUCUG